GCCAGCCCCGGCAAAGGAGGCGGGGCCCGGUGACAGCCGGACGUGGCCUCUCCUCCCGGGCCGGCGCCGAUCCGGAGCGACGCCGCUUCCCCGCGCCAUGCAGCACAGCCCGGCGCCCGCCGUGCUGCUCACCACCAGGCAAAUUCAGAAUGUGCACACAGGGCUGGAUCUGUCAGUGCCGGAAUACCAGGAGAUCCGUGGGAAAAUGAUGUCUGGCCACGUAGAGUAUCACAUUGUCGUUGUUACCCGACUGGCUGCCUUCAAAUCAGCAAAGCACAAGCCUGAAGAUGUAGUUCAAUUUAUGGUUUCCAAGAAGUACAGCGAGAUAGAGGAGCUCUACCAGAAGCUGGCGGCACGAUACCCACAGGCUUCUCUUCCACUCUUGCCUAGAAAAGUCCUUUUUGUGGGGGAAUCUGACAUCUGUGAACGGAGAGCUAUGUUUAACGACAUCAUGAAAUCCAUCUCAAAAGAUGAGGAUCUAGCAACGAGUCCUGAGUUACUGGAAUUUUUAGGAACAAAAUGUACUAGUGCCAUUGACUUCAAGGGUAAAAACACUUCUGAUGACAAGGAGAAAGAUGAUGAAGAAAAUGAGGGAUUGGAUUUUUUCAAAGAGGAGAAGACACCUGACUUAAUCUCACAGCUUUCAUCCUUGGAAAAUGCCAAAAAAGGGGAGAAAAAAGAAGAGGAAGAGGAAGAAGAGGAGGAAGAAGUUUUAGACCCUCUCGGUAUAAUCCGAACUAAAAAACCAAAGAAGGCAUCUGCUCCUCCAGCCAAGAAAGAAAAGCCCAAAUUAACCAUUUUUGAAGAGGAAGCAGAUCCAGACGAAGGACUCUUUGGCCCAGAAAAAGAUUUCUCAUCAAUUGGUCCCAGGAGGAUGAAUGAGAAUCUGAAAUUAUUUGAAGAUCCAGACCUUGGCGGGGUGGUAAGACUGGGUGACUCACUACUGCUUCCGGCUGCCUGUAAGAGCAAGGAGUAUGUGCUGAACAUGGGUCCUGAAGAGGACACUGAGAAACUGCUGAGAGUUGAAGAUGAUUUAGAAAAAGUCUUGAAACUAACCUCCAAACCAAAGCCUAAGGUACCACCAAAACCGCCAUUGCCUCAGAAGCCAGCAAUCGCCCCCAGGAGCACUAAUGCACCUCCACUGGCAAAGCCAAAGGAAAACAGGAUUCAGACAAUGAAUGAAGUGGACAUUCUCCAGUAUAUCCAGGAAAAUGAAUCUAUCAACAACCAAGAUGCAAGUCUGUUUUGAACAUACAUAUUUUUAAAAUGUAGUGGUGCCUCUUUGGCCUAAACUCCCAGUGAGCUCAAGUGACGGUAGCAAGAAUUGACCAGACGUCUUUACUGUCACAGUGCUCAUUUGUGUUUCAUCAUAUAGAAAGCAGCAGGUUUGACUAGCAGAGGCUUGGCAUGAUGUUUUCAAAACAGUGCAGUUGCGGUAUAACGUGGCCUUAGAUUUUCAGGGUUUCACAAGGAAUGUGGACAAAGACAUAGCACUACAGAUUGUCUACUACUAUUUUAGUAUCAACAUACUACAGUUUCGGCCAGCUCAGUCCUGACUGAAAAUGGUAAGCAUAUUGCACACAUGGCAGCUAUGAAUAGUGUCCAACAAAUGGUCUGAGGCAGGCCAGGAUGCUGUUCCUGUAAUUUUAGACAGUGUAUUUCAGCUCACUGGAAAGGUCCUUUUCCCUUUAUCCUGUGCAUUUUUGUAGCAGCCCUUUCCUCCCUGACUGGUAUUUCAGUAAUUUAUAACAGGGAACUGUUAAGUAUACAUAACAGUUCCUCUGUAGUUCAGAGAAACACUGAAAUCCCAGGUAAGCCUGACAAUCUGCUGCCUUUGUUGUUGCGCAAAUGCCAGCUUGUAAGAGAACUUGUAGGACUGCAAACACUACAUGCUAUGCAUCCCUGGCCCCUGGGGAGGAUAGCAAAUCACUGAAGAUGGCUAAGAGUGCGGCUCCAGCCAUAUGUGGAGGUUGCAGUGUGUAGGAUGUUUGGAUGCUGUAGGACUCUGUGAACCUACUCAAGAUUUACAAGGGCUAAUUUUUUCCAGCCAAGUCUUCCUGAGCUUUUACUGUAGUUAGUGGAGAGAAAGAGACUUCUCCGGGAGGUGAUUCAUUGCAGGCGCCCUAAUGGAGGAACUCUAAAUUGCUCUCUGGAGUCACUCACUCUCUCUUUCUCCUUCCCUUCUCCGAGAACUUAAAGAAGCAGCCACGGUGAUUAAUUCCACUUAAAUGAGUUUUUUGAUAAAAUAGUGCUCUGCUUUUUCCAGUGGCAGUGGUUAGAAAAAGGUAGGACAAACUUGGGAUUAUCCAGAGUGAAAAAUAGGAAGAAAAUAUACUGGAGAAAUUUUAAUAUGCAGGAAAAGAGAAACAUGGUAGAACAGGCAACACAGACUACCCUUCUUCCCCAGCUCAGGUAAAGCAUGCUGAAUUUAUGUGUAAUGGGGGGUUGAUACCUGCUGUCAUGUAGAGACAUGUUCCUGAACUCACUCCAUGUGGGCAAGCUCCCCAGAGGGAAAAUAUAAUAUAUUUAAGCCAUAUCACUAUCCCCAAAUUUGCCUUUCUAAUAUAGAGCUAAAUAAAUAAAAAGCUUUUUAUAUAUAUUUUUUAAUAAUGAAAUUAUCUCUAUUAGGGUUUUUUUUUAAGCUAACAGAAAAUAUGAUAAAGGUGUUUUGGUUUGAUGGGACAGAUAAAACAUAACCAUUGGCUCUCAUCUAUGUACAGUAUAUCACAGCAUAUAUACAGUAUAAUAAAACAUUUUGCUAACCUGCA